GGUCGUGUUAUUCGCAACCAGAGAAAGGGCCGUGGCUCUAUCUUCACUGCCCCCGCCCAGUUCCGUACCCUCGACUUCGCCGAGAGACACGGCUAUGUUCGCGGUGUCGUGAAGGAGAUCAUCCACGACCCCGGCCGUGGUGCNCCCCUGGCCAAGGUCGUCUUCCGUGACCCCUACCGCUUCAAGCUCCACACCGAGACCUUCAUCGCCAACGAGGGCAUGUACACCGGCCAGUUCAUCUACGCCGGCAAGAACGCUUCCCUCACCAUCGGCAACGUCCUCCCUCUCGGAUCCUGCCCCGAGGGUACCGUUGUCACCAACGUCGAGGAGAAGAUGGGUGACCGUGGUGCUCUUGGUCGUACCUCCGGUAACUACGUCACCGUCAUUGGCCACAACCCCGACGAGGGCAAGACCCGUGUCAAGCUCCCCUCGGGCGCCAAGAAGAUCGUCAAGUCCAGCGUCCGUGGUAUGAUCGGUAUUGUCGCUGGUGGUGGCAGAACAGACAAGCCUCUGCUUAAGGCUUCGCGCGCUAAGCACAAGUUCGCCGUCAAGCGCAACUCAUGGCCCAAGACUCGUGGUGUUGCCAUGAACCCCGUCGAUCACGUAAGGACAAGCCGAGAAAGCGCACAGCAACAGCACACUGACAAACUCUACAGNCCUCACGGUGGUGGUAACCACCAGCAUAUCGGUAAGGCCUCGACCAUCUCCCGCUACGCCGCCCAGGGUCAAAAGGCCGGUCUCAUUGCCGCCCGCAGAACUGGUCUGCUCCGUGGUACACAAAAGACCAAGGAGUAA